CGCGGCGCCCAGGGGGCGUGCCCUCCUGAGCCAAUCGACGCGAGCCCACGGUGCGGAGCGAGCGCCUCAAAUGCUCGGGUUUCUCAGCUGAUUGUCUCCAACCGAGAGUUGUUUUCUGCAGCUACCGAACCGAGCCGCAGCAGGAGGAGCCGAGACCCCCGGGGGGAGGGCUGGGAAAGGAGGCGGGGUCCCGGCAGCCGCGGCUUCUCCGCGCGGGGCUCCGGGUCUUGUCACGGCGCUUCCUGGGGUUGGAGGUUGGGGUGGGUGGGGGGUGAGGGGAAAGCCUUCUUCCCCUCGACGGCGGCUCGGAGUUCGGCCCCUUCCCUCGCGCGCUCUCUCCCCCGCCCCUCAGCCCCCUGAUGCGGGUGUCCGUGCCGGGUCCCGCGGCGGGCCGCGAGCCCUCGACGCCCGGCGGCGGAGGCGGAGGCGCCGUCGCUGCUGCCUCAGGCGCCGCGGUGCCGGGCUCGGUGCAGUUGGCGCUGAGCAUCCUGCACGCCCUGCUCUACGCCGCGCUCUUCGCCUUUGCCUACCUGCAGCUGUGGCGGCUGCUCCUGUACCGCGAGCGCCGGCUGAGUUACCAGAGCCUCUGCCUCUUCCUCUGCCUCCUGUGGGCAGCGCUCAGGACCACCCUCUUCUCCGCCGCCUUCUCGCUCAGCGGCUCUCUGCCCCUGCUCCGGCCGCCCGCUCACCUACACUUCUUCCCCCACUGGCUGCUCUACUGCUUCCCCUCCUGUCUCCAGUUCUCCACGCUCUGUCUCCUCAACCUCUACCUGGCGGAGGUAAUAUGUAAAGUGAGAUGUGCCACUGAACUUGACAAACACAAGAUUCUAUUGCAUUUAGGUUUUAUACUGGCAAGCCUUCUCUUUUUAGUGGUGAACUUGGCUUGUGCAAUGCUAGUCCACGGAGAUAUCCCAGAAAAUCAGUUGAAAUGGACUGUGUUUGUUCGCGCAUUAAUUAAUGAUAGCCUAUUUAUUCUUUGUGCCAUCUCUUUAGUUAGUUACAUAUGCAAAAUUACAAAAAUGUCAUCAGCUAAUGUCUACCUCGAAUCAAAGGCUCAUAUUGAAGACAUAAGUGGAGGAGAGUAUAUAGUGUUUGGAAUGGUCCUCUUUCUGUGGGAACAUGUGCCAGCAUGGUCAGUGGUACUCUUUUUCCGGGCACAGAGAUUAACCCAGAAUUUGGCACCUGCUGGGAUGAUAAAUAGUCACAGCUACAGUUCCAGAGCUUACUUUUUCGACAAUCCAAGACGAUAUGAUAGUGAUGAUGACUUGCCAAGACUGGGAAGUUCAAGAGAAGGAAGCUUAUCAAAUUCGCAAGGUUUGGGCUGGUACGGCACCAUGACUGGCUGUGGCGGUAACAGUUACACGGUCUCCCCCCACCUGAGCGGGCCAGUGGCAGAUGCUGCGCCUUUGCUCUUUACCUGUGGUAAUUUAGAUGUGAACCACCACCACAGCUUGUAUGUAACACCACAAAACUGACAGCAUUGCCAAGUCAUGAUUCUUGAAAUUGUUUUUCACAAACAUGUAUACUCAAUAUGUUUAAAUGCCAUCUGCAUAAACAUUCCAUUAUCUGUUGCAACUGAAAACAAAGCCUGGAAACGUGGCUGUGUUCGCUAGAAGCAGCAGCUGUUACUUUUGACCUCUUCAUAGUAAACUGGAAAGUUUGGAGUGGGAGAAAAGAGGGAUUAGAUCUUAAGGCACUUGACGGCCUCCAAACAUCCUGACUUUGGAAUACCAGAUGCAUAUUUGCACUUUUAUCUUCAUUCUGAAAGAGUACACUGCAGUCCCCAAAGUCAUACUCCAGUGUUUACACUGGGAUAUUUAUAUCAAAGCCUGUAUAUUCAAUAAUGGACUCUAUGUGGAAUUCUUACCCAAUAAAAAUUUUACAGUGUCAACAGUGCACAGAAUUAAGGCAUAAAAAAACGUAUCAUUCUUUUGAAAAAUCCACUGAAAAAUGUAUAAUCACUGAAGAUAGUUCUUUUAAGCAUGACUGUAAAAUACCACCUGAAAGUUUCAUGCAAUCAUUUUUUUUUAAAUGAUAGUAAUCUCUUACAGUGAUGAGCAGCAGUUUUCUUUGGAAAGCCAGUCAUUUCUUCAACAAGAAAGUAGACCAGUGAAAAUUAUGUGGUUACUUCAAGUAGAACUGGUCAAGUGAUUAUUUUGUAUGAUUAUGACAUAUGUAGUAGUUUAAGCAUGAUUCUUCAAGAAAGCAAUAGUGAUUUUUGCAUAGGGAGAUUUUGGUAGGAACUUCUUGGGACAAAAGUUUACAGAGGCAUUUAAGAAAUAUUCAUGAAAUGUAGAGUUCAAACAGUACAGUACAUUUUUGAAUACAUAUUCAAAAGCAUUCCAUUUAGCUGAAACAAGAUAUAGCUGACUUACCUAUUGAAUCAGAAUUGUCCUCAGGUAAAUUAUAUCAUGAUACAUUAGUGCAGUGAACUUAAGUGCAAUACUUUGUAAGACAUGAAUUCGCUUUAGUUUUCACAUUUUUUUAUCUUGCAUAUUGGCAAAGCCAAAUUCAAUUUAAUUCAACUUAACUCCAGCACUAGCCUAAAUAAGCAAAUUGAUAUAAAGGUACUAACUAGGUACGUAUAAAACUAGUGGAAUGAUUAAUAUUAUUGGCAUACUUAGACAAUUACACUGAAACAGUCUUGAAUGUCUUAAUACCAAAUCUUAA